AUGUCUGGCCAUCCGUCUCUCGCCCAGCCAGGCGGUAUCUCUGAUCCUGCUCUUAUUCAAUUAGUGAAUAAACUUCAGGAUGUUUUUACAACCGUCGGCGUUGCGAACCCGAUCGAUCUCCCACAAAUAGUCGUCGUCGGUAGUCAGUCGAGCGGAAAGAGCUCUGUACUAGAGAAUAUCGUGGGCCGAGACUUCUUACCACGAGGUUCCGGUAUCGUCACUCGACGACCCCUAAUCCUUCAGCUUAUCAACCGCCCCGCCUCUUCACAAAGCAAUGGAACGAAGGAGGAGCUCAUCUCCGACGACAAGGCCGCCAACCCCGACGAGUGGGGAGAGUUCCUGCACAUUCCCGGCCAAAAGUUUCACGAUUUCAACAAGAUCCGGGAGGAAAUCGACAGGGAAACGGCGGCAAAGGUUGGGCGAAAUGCCGGCAUCUCGCCCGCCCCUAUUAACCUGAGAAUAUACUCGCCCAACGUCCUUAACCUUACCCUCGUCGAUUUGCCCGGUUUAACGAGAGUGCCCGUCGGCGACCAGCCCCGCGACAUCGAGCGUCAGAUUCGAGACAUGGUUCUCAAGUACAUCGUAAAGCCAAACGCCAUCAUCCUCGCCGUUACCGCCGCCAACGUCGAUCUGGCCAACUCGGACGGUCUCAAGCUCGGCCGCGAGGUGGACCCUGAGGGACAGAGGACCAUCGGUGUGCUGACCAAGGUCGAUCUUAUGGACGAGGGAACGGACGUUGUUGAUAUUCUCGCCGGCCGCAUCAUUCCGCUCCGUCUCGGUUACGUUCCCGUCGUCAACCGAGGACAGCGUGAUAUCGACAACAGGAAGAGUAUUUCGGCGGCUCUCGAGGCUGAGAAGAACUUCUUCGAGAACCACAAGGCGUACAGGAACAAGAGCUCGUAUUGCGGGACGCCGUACCUCGCUCGCAAGCUGAACUUGAUUCUUAUGAUGCACAUCAAGCAGACCCUCCCCGACAUCAAGGCCAGAAUCUCGAGCUCCUUGGCCAAGUACAGCGCCGAGCUGGACAGCCUAGGCCCCUCGAUGCUGGGCAACAGCGCCAACAUCGUGCUCAACAUCAUCACCGAGUUCACCAACGAAUGGCGCACCGUGCUCGACGGAAACAACACGGAGCUCUCGAGCAGCGAGCUAUCAGGUGGUGCGCGUAUCAGCUUCGUCUUCCACGAGCUCUACUCCAACGGCAUCAAGGCCAUCGACCCCUUCGACGUGGUGAAGGACGCCGACAUCCGGACGAUACUAUAUAACUCGUCUGGUUCCUCGCCCGCCCUCUUCGUCGGGACGGCGGCCUUUGAGCUCAUCGUCAAGCAGCAGAUCAAGCGGCUCGAGGACCCCAGCCUCAAGUGUGUGUCGCUCGUCUAUGACGAGCUGGUGCGCAUCCUCUCGCAGCUCCUGGGCAAGGCCCUGUAUCGCCGAUACCCCGGGUUGAAGGAGAAGAUUCACUCGGUUAUCAUUUCCUUUUUCAAAAAGGCUAUGGAGCCGACGAAUAAGCUUGUGAAGGAUCUGGUAGCUAUGGAGGCCUGCUACAUUAACACGGGACACCCCGACUUCUUGAACGGCCACAGGGCGAUGGCCAUCGUAAACGAGCGCCACAACCCUCCUCGCACGGUGCAGGUCGAUCCCAAGACCGGAAAGCCUCUCCCGGCGUCGACUCCGGGCCGGGCUGCUAGUCCCACCACGGCUGACACGAACAUGGGCGAGAGCAACAGUGGCUUCUUUGGAAGUUUCUUCGCGGCCAAGAACAAGAAGAAGGCGGCGGCGAUGGAGCCUCCCCCGCCUACACUCAAGGCUUCUGGAACGCUCUCUGAGCGUGAGAAUAUUGAGGUUGAGGUUAUCAAGCUGCUCAUCUCUUCGUACUUUAACAUUGUUAAGCGAACCAUGAUUGAUAUGGUUCCCAAGGCCAUCAUGCUUACUCUCGUCCAGUUCACCAAGGAUGAGAUGCAGCGCGAGCUCCUCGAGAACAUGUACAGGACAGACACUCUGGAUGAGUUGCUCAAGGAGAGCGACUUCACCAUUCGCCGUCGGAAGGAGUGCCAGGACAUGGUUAGGUCCCUCGCCAAGGCCAGCGAAAUUGUCGGCCAAGUGCAGUAA